AUGACGACCCCCACAAUCACACUCGACAAUCGCAUCCAAGCCCUCCCACAAGAACUGCAAGACAUGAUCUUCGACUUCACCCUCAUCGGCGCAUCCUCCCUCAACGCACUCUGCACCGCGCCGGGCCAAAUCGAGAUCACGAACCAGCACAAGCCUCCCUCCUCACUCCGGAUCGACCGCAAGUCCCGAGCCAAAUUCGCGACCCAGUACUACAGCACCACGCUCUUCGUCAUUCCGGCAGUAGACGCAGCCAUACUGGCGAAGUGGAUGCGCUCGCUACCGGCAGAGCAUCUGCAGCUGCUUCGAGACGUUCGCUGCUGGAAGCACUUCGCGACACGCGAGCGUCUCUACAUGGCGAUGGAUGCGGAGAUGCUAUGGGAAUACAUACACUUUGCCUUCGAGAAGUGGGCAGGAGUACCGAAUACUGUAAAGCUAGAGCUCCUUGAGUCCACGGUCGAUGGUACGGGGAUGAGGGCCGUCGUUGUGCCCGUCAACUGCGACUCUGCUGAGGCACGGCGGGCUAUCGAGGGCUUUUGGCCGUAG